CGUAAUUUUAAUUUCACAAUGAUUUUCUGGUAAUAGCCAUACAACUGAUCAAAGCUAAUUUUUGUAUACUGUGCUUACACGCUUGUUCUGGAAUUCUUUCCACUAACAAGACUGGAAGAUGGAGACAGUGUCAAAUGGCGAGCCUAAUGGUGUCGUUAUGAAUGGAGAUGAAGAUGUGCCAAAGUCACCUGGUUCAUCAAAUGGAGAGAAUCGGCUACAUGGAUUGUGUGAAAUGGUGAAGAAAUGUAUCACAUUGGCAGGAAUAACUCCAGAUAUGUGGAAUGAUGAUCAUAUACCUAUGAUGGGAAAAUUCUUUUCUGAUCCAAAUACAAGAUUGCUUGUUAUUUACAUUGAUAAGCUUAAUGGUCUGACAGUCGAUGUUACAGUUCCAAAUCAUGAGAAUGCCAAUGAGAUUGCUUACUUUAUCAGCAAAGAAAAAGCUAAUGAGAUUACAGAAGAUAAUUUUCAUGAAGUAGUGCAGUGGGGAAAUGUACGAGGUGGAUAUCUGGAAGGUUUACUUCGUAUCAUGAACACAAUCUAUGCACCUAUGUUCUUCAGAAAUAAAACAUGGCCUGACAGCAUCAAGAACGAUUUCAGUUCACAAUUACACAGAUUUCUGGCAAGUCUCACAGACAUAAAGCACAAAACACAAGGCAAAACUGUAUUGUACAUUCCUAAUGAAGGCCUCUCACAAGAACCGGAAAUACCUGCGAAAGACAAAGAGUUUGUACAAAGGCUUGAAACUGCAAUGAUUCAUUGGACUCGACAAAUCAAAGAAGUAUUGAAUGCACAAGAUGCUUUAGAAACAUCAGAAAGUUCCGGUCCAUUAGAAGAACUUGAAUUCUGGAAUAAUAGAUGUAUUGAUUUAUCAGGUCUAAGUGAACAACUGGACAAACCUGGUGUGAAAAGAAUUCAGAAAAUUCUCGAACUUGCAAAAUCUUCGUACGUUGCACCUUUUAGGAAAUUAUCAAAGUUGAUCCAAGAUGGUUCUGCACAAGCUCAGAGUAAUCUUCGCUUCCUUUCAAUAUUAAAAGAACCUUGUGAGGAACUCAUAAAAGCAACACCACAAAAGGUUCCAGGAAUUCUACCAAAACUUGUCAGUUAUAUUCGUGUCAUCUGGUCCAAUUCAGAGUUCUACAACACCAGGGAACGUCUUACUGCUCUUUUCCGUAAGCUGAGUAAUGACGUCAUCCGAGUUUGCUGUCGAGAGAUUUCACUGGAUCGAAUAUUUGAAGGAUUUGUUAAUAGCAGUAUGGUGUCACUAGAGAGCUGUAUUGAUUGUUGUUUGGCAUGGAAGGAGAUUUACAGGAAUAAUUCAAUUAUUCAUCACAAAUUUUCUGACAAACGAUGGGUUUUGGAUCAAAGUUCAAUAUUUGCUCAAGUUGAUGCUUUUAUACAAAGAUGUCGCGAUUUAUUGGAAGUUUGUGAAUGUCAAAGACAUUUUGCAAGAAGGAAAGAUGGUGACAGAACUCCACUACCUUCCUUCUCUGGUCAACGUGGCCCAGAAAUUGCUCGUAGUUUAUUAGAAAUUGAAGGAACAUUUGAUAAACAUCUUCAGAUAUUAAGAACUGUCAAAAAAGGAAUUCUUGAUGUUAAGAAUACAUCUUGGCAUGAUGACUAUAAUAGGUUCCGCACAGGUGUAAAAGAUCUUGAAGUGAUGACACAGAACCUCAUAACAUCUGCAUUUGAAACAGUCAGUACAGUGGAAGAAGGUGUUAUGUUGUUGGAUGUUUUUCAGAGCUUCUCAGGAAGAGAGUCGAUCAAGAGAACGAUUGACAAGAGGACAGUGGAGGUUUACUCAGUUUUCAAUGAAGAACUAAACAAUGUUAAGAAGGAAUUGAGCUCAAAAGCUACAAAUCUGUUGCCAUGGCAAGCCAAGUAUGCAGGGGCUGCUCAUUGGGCUCGGGCAUUGAAGCGUAGAAUUGAUCGCCCAAUGGAGGUGUUAAACAAUGCAUUUUUCCUUCCUGAAAUUGGUCUUGGACAAGAAACAAGAACAGCAUAUACACAACUUGCUCAAGCCCUAGAUGAAUUUGUUCGUAAAACUUUCAAUGAAUGGACAAGCACUGUGGAUGACCAAUGUAUCAGAAAACUGGACAGGUCACUUAUGCAAAAAGGAGCAGUCACAAAGGAUAUGCUCAAUAUGAAUUUCGACAAAGACUUGCUCAAAUUAUUCAAUGAAAUUCACUACUGGGAGAGAUUGAUGUUUGAGAUUCCACAUUAUGUUAAUGAUGUUUACAUGAAGAGAGAGGAAUUAAGAAAUUUGAGAGAACAUGUUCUUUUAGUUGUGCGAGAUUACAAUCGCAUCAUAUCAGUGUUAUCUGUUGAAGAACGAGGUUUGUUUCGUGAAAGAAUUCGAUCUCUUGAUAAAAAGAUACGACCUGGACUUUCGAAACUCACUUGGGCUUCAAAAGGAAUUUCUGAAUUCUUUGUUGGUGAAUGUCGUGGUCAUGCUAAAAAGGUUCAAAGCAUUGUUGAUGAUUACAAAUCUGCAAAUCUAUCGAUUGCAAGAUCUUGUAGAAAGAUCAGUGAAUUACUCCUUGUUCAUCUGGAUGGAAAAAGAAUUUAUGAGGAUCUUGAAUUUCAAGAUGAUCAAUUCAAACAUCGUGAUAAUAUGCAGAAGAAGUUGGAUGCAUGUCAUGCUGGUAUAAUAGCUACAAUGAAAAGCACUUAUAAAGUAUUCAUGUCAGAUGGACCUGAAGUCUACCAACACUGGGUUCGAUACACAGAACGCAUGGAUCAGCAUGUUGAAGAUGCAUUCAGAUUGAAUAUCAAAUGGUCAUUGCAAGAAAUUGCUAAAGCAGUCAGCGAUGACUCAAAAACAACACCUAAUCCAUUGUUCAGAGUCAAAGUUGUUUUGAUACCAGGCAAAAAUAAUGUUCCGCAGGUUGAAUUUUCACCAACUCUACAUCAACUUGCAAGUAUUGUGAGCAAUGUCAGCAUGCAACUCACAUCUGCCAUUGCUCAUUUUAAAAGAUUACCUGAAUUGUUGACAAGAAUGAAGAGACAACAAUUGUUUGAACACAAAGAUCCUAUUUUUGCUAUCAUUGAGAGAGAUGAUGAAACUCGUAAAAUCCAGCGAACAAUUCAUGAUGGAAUGGAGAGCAAUGCUGCAAGAUUGGAAGAAUAUCUUUCAACCUGGGGUAUUUAUAAAGAGAUUUGGGAAAUCAAUAAAGAUGCUUUCAUCAGACGAUAUCAACGUUUGGAUCCCCCAGUUUCCAGUUUCGAUUCUGAUGUUGCUAGAUACACAGAAGUCAGUAACAAUGUGCAAAAGGAAGAGACAGUUCUCAACAUUCAAUUUGUUCUUGUUGAUUGUUCUCCGCUCAAGUUUGCAAUGCUUUCCCAUUGUAAUGAAUGGCAGAAUAAAUUCACAACUCUUCUACAAGAAAUGGCAACAGCAAGAUUAACAGAAUUGACAACUUUCUUGAAGACAAAUGCAGAGAAGGUUAGUCAACCUCCGAAGACAUUGGACGAAUUGGGAGAUAGUCUUGAUCUCUGGGAGAAAUUAAACUCUGAGCGAACAAAAACUGAAUCAAAGAUUCAACCAAUUCAUGAGCAAUUUGGAAUUUUGGAAAAGUAUGAAGUACCUGUGCCAGAUGAGACAAUGCAAAUGCUUCAUCAACUGAAUGAUGAAUACAUGAAAUUUCAACAAUGUUUGUUUGAUGCUGAUAUUAUGUUGAAAAAACAUAAAGAAAAAUUCAAGUCCGGUCUAUUGACACAAGCAGAAGAAUUCCGUAAACAUGUUGGAGGUCUUUGCUCUGACUUUCUACAACAAGGACCAUUUACCAGUAACUUUACAAGCGAAAAAGCCUUGGAGCUCAUUGGCAAUUUCAAGAAGAAUGUUAAUGAUCUAAAAUUGCAAGAAGUAUCAUUGAGAAGAGGACUCGGAAUUUUUAAAAUUGAGCAACAACCUUCAAAAGAUUUAACCGGGCUCGAUAAAGAUCUGGAUCAUAUUGAACAGAUUUGGGAAUUAACGAAAGAAUGGGAAGGAUUAUGGGACGAAUGGAAAGUUGGACAAUUCAAAGAUCUUGUUACAGCUGAUAUGGAGAUGACGGCUCAAGGAUUGUAUAAGAAAUUGAAUAAAUUGAGCAGAGAACUCAAGGAUAAACAUUGGGAAAUUGUCGAUUCAUCCAAGAAUAGAAUUGAUCAGUUUAAACGUACAAUGCCACUGAUUACUGAUCUGAAGAACGAUGCUAUGAGAGACAGACAUUGGGCCCAAAUUAAGACCGAGCUUCAAAGGCCGUUCGAUCACACCAGUGAAACUUUCACUUUGGAGAAGAUAAUCGAACUCGGACUCGAUGCAUUUGCCGAACAAAUCUCAGAAAUUUCUGGAGCUGCAAGCAAGGAGUUGGCAAUUGAAGAGACAUUGCAAGAGAUUGAAAAUGUGUGGGGUGAAGUUGUCAUGGAUAUUAUACCAUACAAAGAAAGAGGACAUUUUCGUCUCCGUGGCACGGAUGAAAUCUUCCAACAACUUGAAGAUAAUCAAGUUACAUUGUCAACAAUGAAAGCAUCAAGAUAUGUAAAAGCCUUUGAGAAAACUGUAGAUAUGUGGGAACGUACUUUAUCUCUCAUCAUGGAAUGUGUUGAAAUGAUUCUGACUGUCCAGAGACAAUGGAUGUAUUUGGAGAAUAUUUUCCUCGGUGAAGACAUUCGUAAACAGCUUCCUAGAGAAUCAGCUGAAUUUGAUGAAGUGAAUGUGAAUUGGAAAGUAAUCAUGACAAGAUUACAUAAAGAUAACAAUGCAAGGAGAGGAACUCAUCAUCCAGGAAUGCUUGAACAGCUCAACGACAUGAACACAAAGUUGGAAGAAAUCCAGAAAUCAUUAGAUAUGUAUCUUGAAACAAAGAGACAGAUAUUUCCAAGAUUCUAUUUCUUGUCAAACGACGAUUUAUUGGAGAUUCUCGGUCAAUCUAAGAAUCCUGAAGCUGUUCAACCACAUUUGAAGAAAUGUUUCGAUAACAUUAAGACAUUACAAAUGAAGAAAGCUGGACACGGACAUAAAAUUGAAGCUGUUGGAAUGUAUUCUUCUGAAGGAGAACAUGUGGAAUUUGGCAAUCCUGUAUUGUUGGAAGGUCCUGUUGAAGCCUGGCUAUGUGAUGUUGAACGCACAAUGAGAUGGACGUUGAAAGAAGUCCUCAAGCAAACUAGACUCGCACUCAAAAAAUUUUUGAGCAAAAGAGAUAAGUGGAUGAGAGAAUGGCCAGGACAGCCUGUUAUCACUGCAAGUCAAAUUCAAUGGACAGCAGAUUGUACAAAAGCUUUGAACACUGUGAAAGAGAGAGGAGAUAAGAAAGCUUUGAAGAGCAUUAAGAAAAAACAGGUGUCCAUGCUGAACAAGUAUUCAGAAGCAAUUCGUGGUAAUUUGAACAAAAAUCAGCGUUCGAAAGUUGUUGCUCUUGUGACAAUUGAAGUUCAUGCUCGUGAUGUCAUUGAUAAAUUGAUUAAAACCAACACAAAUGAUGUCACAGCUUUUGAAUGGCUUCAGCAACUCAGGUUAUACUGGGACAAGGAUAUUGAUGAUUGUGUAGUUCGACAAACCAACACACAGUUUCAGUAUGGUUAUGAAUAUCUUGGUAACUCAGGACGACUCGUCAUUACACCACUCACAGACAGAUGUUACAUGACAUUGACAACUGCAUUACAUUUGCAUAGGGGUGGAAGUCCGAAAGGACCUGCUGGUACAGGAAAAACUGAAACUGUAAAAGAUCUUGGUAAGGCUCUGGGAAUGUAUGUUAUUGUUGUCAAUUGCUCGGAAGGUCUGGAUUACAAGAGCAUGGGAAGAAUGUACAGUGGAUUGGCACAGACUGGAGCAUGGGGAUGUUUUGAUGAAUUCAAUCGCAUCAACAUUGAAGUAUUAUCUGUUGUUGCCCAGCAAAUUUUGUCCAUUCUGUCAGCACUUGCAGCGGGUCAUCAGAGAUUUGUGUUUGAAGGAAGAGAAAUCAAUUUAAUUUGGUCUUGCGGAAUUUUCAUCACAAUGAAUCCAGGAUAUGCUGGUCGUACGGAACUGCCGGACAACUUAAAAUCAAUGUUCAGACCAAUUGCUAUGGUUGUUCCUGAUUCUGGUUUGAUUUCUGAAAUUAUUCUCUUUGGUGAAGGAUUUGGAAAUUGCAGGGUUCUGGCAAAAAAAGUGUUCACUCUCUAUUCUCUUGCUAUUCAACAACUUUCUAAACAAGAUCAUUAUGAUUUUGGACUCCGUGCUCUCGUCUCUGUGCUCAGAUAUGCCGGUAGAAAGAAAAGAUCAAAUCCUGACAUGUCUGAUGAAGAAAUCCUUCUUCUUGCGAUGAAAGACAUGAACGUUGCCAAACUCACAGCAGUUGACUUGCCAUUAUUUAACGGAAUUGUCAGUGAUUUAUUCCCUGGAAUUGACUGUCCUGUCAUUGACUAUGGAAAACUUCGUGAAGCCAUCGUCACCGAAUUAAAAGCGAAUAAACUACAAGUAUUGGAUCACAGUGUUUUGAAAGUCAUUCAACUUUAUGAAACAAAGAAUUCACGACAUUCUGUCAUGAUUGUUGGUCAAACUGGUGUCGGAAAAUCAGUAACUUGGAGAACAUUGCAAGCUUCACUCACAGCAAUGAAAAAAGCUGGCAACAAUGACUUUAACAUUGUUAAGGAUUUCCCCAUUAAUCCCAAAGCUCUCUCUCUCGGAGAGUUGUAUGGUGAGUUUGACCUGAGUACAAAUGAGUGGACAGACGGUGUACUGUCAAGCGUAAUGAGACAGACUUGCGCCGAUGAGAAACCGGACGAGAAAUGGUUGGUUUUUGAUGGUCCUGUCGAUACAUUAUGGAUCGAAAGCAUGAAUUCAGUUAUGGAUGACAACAAAGUAUUAACAUUGAUCAAUGGUGAAAGAAUCAGCAUGCCUGAUCAGGUUUCCUUGCUUUUCGAAGUUGGUGACCUUGCUGUGGCAUCUCCUGCUACCGUCAGCAGAUGUGGAAUGGUUUAUUUUGAUUACCGAGAUCUUGGUUACAAACCUUUCAUUGAUUCGUGGCUUCAGAAGAAAACAGAUAAGACCAUGGUGUCUGUACUUCGUGAAGUGACUGAUAAAUAUCUGGAUAAAGUUUUAGAUUUUAAAACUCACAAUUGUAAAGAACUUGUGUCAAUUCCUGAACUCAAUGGAAUUCAAUCACUCAGUCACUUAUUUGAUGUUCUUGCAAUUCCAGAAAAUGGGGUAAAUCCUCACGAUGGAGAGAACUAUGUGAGAAUGAUUGAAUUGUUUUACUUGUUCUCAUUGAUUUGGUCGGUUGCUGCUGCUGUUGAUGAAGAUGGAAGAAGAAAAAUGGACAACUUUUUACGAGAAUUAGAAGGAAGCUUUCCCAACAAGGACACAAUCUAUGAAUACUAUGUUGAUACAAAGAACAGAACGUGGGCAAGUUUUGAAGAUAAAUUACAGAAAGGAUGGAGAUAUCCACCAAAUGCACCAUUCCAUCGUAUCAUGGUACCAACUGUGGACACUGUUCGUUAUGAUUUUCUGGUGACACAACUUAUAACAAAAGGUGUUCCUGUACUUCUUGUUGGUCCUGUUGGAACCGGUAAAACUUCUGUUGCUCAAACUGUUCUGCAAAAACUAGAUGCAACUAAAUACAACACUCUGACCAUCAACAUGUCAUCACAGACGUCGUCAAACAAUGUUCAAGAUAUUAUCGAAAGUCGGGUCGAAAAAAGAACCAAGGGUGUUUAUGUUCCACUUGGAAGUAAAAAGAUGAUUACGUUCAUGGAUGACUUGAACAUGCCAGCUAAAGAUACAUUUGGAAGCCAACCUCCUCUUGAAUUAAUGAAGUUAUGGGUUGAUUAUGGAUUCUGGUACGACAGGGCAAAACAAGUUUCAAAAUACAUCAAGGACAUGUAUCUACUUGCUGACAUGGGACCACCUGGUGGUGGAAGACAAGUUAUAUCUCAACGUUUCCAGAGUAGAUUCAAUCUCAUCAACAUGACUUUCCCAAGUGAAACCCAAAUCAAACGAAUCUUUGGAACAAUGAUCAAUCAAAAACUGCAAGAUUUUGAAGAAGAUGUCAAACCUAUUGGUGAUAUCAUCACUCAAGCAUCUAUUGACGUCUACAGACUUGUUGUUGAGAAAUUUCUGCCGACUCCAGCAAAAAUUCAUUACUUGUUUAAUUUGAGAGAUAUUUCAAAGGUUUUCCAAGGAUUACUUCGAGCACACAAGGAUUUUCAUGACACCAAACAAAGCAUGACGAGAUUGUGGAUUCAUGAAUGUUUCAGAGUAUUUUCGGAUCGUCUUGUUGAUAUUCAUGAUAAUGAAGCUUUCAUCGCUAUGUUGAGCGACAGACUUGGAACAUUGUUUGAUCAAACUUAUCAUAAUCUGUGUCCAAACAAACAACCACCAGUUUUUGGUGAUUUCCUCAAUGCAAAUGGUAUUUACGAGGACUUGGCAGAAUUUGGACUUGUUAAAAAAUAUAUGGAAGACCAGUUGGAAGAUUAUAACAUGACACCAGGAAUGGUUGGAAUGGAUUUAGUUUUGUUCAAGGAUGCUAUUGAACAUGUGGCUCGAGUUGUGAGAGUCAUUCGGCAGCCUCGUGGCAACAUGCUUCUCAUUGGUAUUGGUGGUUCGGGUAGACAGAGUUUAUCUCGACUUGCAGCUUACGUUUGUGAAUAUACUACUUUCCAGAUUGAGGUUACAAGACAUUAUAGGAAACAGGAAUUCAGAGAUGAUCUGAAGAGACUUUACUUCCAAGCUGGUGUUGAGAACAAACAAACUGUUUUCUUAUUCGUUGAUACCCAAGUUGUUGAUGAAAUAUUCUUGGAAGACAUCAAUAAUAUAUUAAGCAGUGGUGAAGUUCCAAACCUGUACAAGCCUGAUGAAUUUGAAGAAGUUAAGACUGCAUUGGAAGCUGAUGCAAAGAAGGAAGGCAUUGCUGAAACGCCUGAUGCAAUGUUCAGAUUUUUGAUUGAAAGAGUUCGAGCAAAUCUUCAUCUUAUUUUAUGCAUGAGUCCUGUUGGAGAUGCUUUCAGAAAUCGUAUUCGACAAUACCCAGCAUUUGUGAAUUGUACAACAAUUGAUUUAUUCACUGAAUGGCCCCACGAUGCUUUACUUGAAGUUGCAGAGAGAUAUCUUGAAAGUAUGAAUCUCGGUUCUGCAGAAGAUAUUCACAAAAAUGUGGCAACUGUCUUUGUGACAAUGCAUCGUUCUGCUGUUGAUUAUUCAGAGAAAUUAUUGUUUGAAUUGAAGAGACAUAAUUAUGUGACACCAACUAACUAUCUUGAACUUGUCUCUGGAUACAAAAUUCUACUUGCUGAGAAGAGAAAAGAGCUUGGUGAUCAAGUUAGUAAAUUGAGAAAUGGAUUGUUCAAAAUUGAUGACACAAGAUCAAAAGUGGAAGCUAUGUCUGUUGAAUUGGAAGAAGCUAAAAUCAAGGUUGCCAAGUUUCAGAAAGAAUGUGAAGAAUAUUUAGUUGUAAUCGUUCAACAAAAACGAGAAGCAGAUGAACAACAGAAAGCAGUUGCAGCUCAUAGUGAAAAAAUUUCUGCUGAAGAAAUUAAAUGUAAACAAAUGGCUGAAAAUGCACAAAGAGAUCUUGAUGAAGCAGUACCAGCAUUGGAAGAAGCUAUGAAGGCAUUGGAAGCAUUGAACAAGAAAGACAUCACUGAAAUCAAGUCAUAUGGUCGACCACCAGCUCUUGUUGAAAUGGUAUUGCAAGCUGUUAUGAUAUUGAGAGGAAGUGAACCGACAUGGGCUGAAUCAAAAAGACAACUUGGUGACCAGAAUUUCAUCAAACAAUUGGUUAACUUCGAUAAGGAUAACAUGUCCGAUCGAGUCUUGAAGAAGAUUGGCCAGCAAUAUGUUGCACAUUCAGAAUUCCAUCCUGACAAUGUUGGAAGAGUGUCAACAGCCGCAAAGUCUCUCUGCAUGUGGGUGAGAGCAAUGGAAAUUUAUGGUCGUAUUUAUCGUGUAGUAGAACCUAAACGUCAAAGAUUAUCAAUGGCACAAGAACAACUUGCGGAAAAACAAGCGUCCCUGGCUGAAGCUCAACGCAAGCUUCAAGAAGUUACUGAUAAAAUGGAACUACUGAAGAAACAGUAUGAGGAAAAAACUAAGCAGAAGGAGGAACUUCGCAGGAAAGCAGAAGAAACUGAAAUUAAGUUGGACAGAGCUGGAAAACUAGUAUCAGGUCUUGCCGGUGAAAAAAUUCGUUGGGAAGCAACAGCUGAAAAACUAGAAGAAUCUCUCGGAUAUUUAGUGGGGGAUUGUUUGAUUGCAUCUGCAUUCUUGUCAUACAUGGGUCCAUUCCUCAGCAAUUAUAGAGAAGAAAUGGUGUCGAAAAUAUGGUUAAAACAGGUUCGAAGUUUAAAUAUACCAUGCACUCCCAGUUUCACGUUUGCUGAAUUUUUAUCAAAACCAACAAUUGUUCGAGACUGGAACAUACAAGGAUUACCAUCAGAUUCAUUCUCAACUGAGAAUGGCGUCAUAGUAACUAGAGGAGAUAGAUGGCCCCUUAUGGUUGAUCCGCAAGGCCAAGCGAUAAAAUGGAUCAAAAAUAUGGAAUUGAAACGUGGUUUGAAAAUUAUUGAUCUUCAACAACAUGAUUAUUUGAGAACAUUGGAGAAUUCAAUUCAGUUUGGAACUCCUGUGUUACUGCAGAAUGUACAGGAAGAAUUGGAUCCAUCACUUGCUCCUAUCUUAAACAAAGCUCUGACAAAAGUUGGCGGCCGCACACUGAUUCGUCUUGGGGAUAAAGAGAUUGAUUUUAACCCUGAUUUCAAGUUUUACAUCACAACUAAAUUAUCAAAUCCUCAUUAUCCACCGGAAAUUUCGACAAAGACUUCUAUCGUUAACUUUGCUGUGAAAGAACAAGGUCUGGAAGCUCAGUUACUUGGUACUGUCGUCAGAAAAGAAAGACCCGAACUGGAGGAACAGAAAGAUACAUUGGUCAUCAACAUUGCCGCUGGAAAGAAGAAAAUUCAGGAAUUGGAAGAUGAAAUUCUGAGAUUAUUGAAUGAAGCUCAAGGGUCAUUGUUAGAUGAUGAACAACUAGUCAACACUCUCCAUUCAUCAAAAAUAACGUCUGCUGAUGUCACAGAACAACUUGUCGUUUCAGAACAAACUGAGAUAAAGAUUGAUGCAGCUCGUGAAGGUUACAGAGCUUGUGCACAGAGAGCUUCUAUCUUAUUUUUUGUGUUGAACGACAUGGGAAGGAUUGAUCCUAUGUAUCAAUUUUCAUUGGAUGCCUAUAUUGAUUUAUUCAACCAAUCGAUUGAUAGAAGUCAAAAAUCACCAAAACUUGCAAGUCGUAUCGAAUAUUUGAACGAGUAUCACACUUAUGGUGUUUACAGAUUCACAUGUCGCGGACUGUUUGAAAAACACAAAAUGUUGUUCAGUUUUCAAAUGUGUGCAAAAAUAUUGGAAGCAGCUGGCAAAUUGAAUAUGGAUGAAUACAAUUUCUUCUUACGUGGUGGAAUUGUUCUGGACAGAGAAGGACAAAUGGACAAUCCAUGUCCACAAUGGUUGGCUGAUUCAUGUUGGGAUAACAUCACUGAACUUGAUAAAUUAACCAAUUUCCACGGUAUCAUGUCAUCAUUUGAACAACAUCCAAGAGACUGGCAUACUUGGUUCACAAGUGCUGAACCUGAAAAUGCUCCUCUACCUGGUGAGUGGGACAACACGUGUAAUGAACUGCAACGUAUGUUGAUUGUUCGAUCUCUCAGAUCAGACAGAGUGUCGUUCUGUUCUACGAGUUUUAUCGUAAAUAAUCUUGGAGCAAAAUUUGUUGAACCACCAGUACUUGAUAUGAGACAAGUUAUUGAUGACAGCACAACGAAAAGUCCACUUAUUUUCGUUCUCUCUCCUGGCGUGGAUCCAACCAGCGGUCUUCUACAACUUGCUGAACAAUGUGGAAUGGCUCACAGAUUCCAUGCGUUGUCAUUGGGUCAAGGUCAAGCUCCUAUUGCUACAAGGAUGAUUAAAGAAGGAGUAAAAGAUGGAAACUGGGUUUUCUUGGCAAAUUGCCAUCUGUCACUAAGUUGGAUGCCUCAGUUGGAUAAGUUGGUUGAACAAUUACAGAUUGAAGAACCAAAUCCAGAUUUUCGUUUAUGGUUGAGUUCAUCUCCUCAUCCUGAUUUCCCUAUUUCAAUUUUGCAAGUUGGAAUAAAGAUGACAACUGAGCCUCCUAAGGGAUUGAAAGCCAACAUGAAGCGUUUGUAUCAACUUGUUACCGAACCAAUGUUUACUCGAUGUGUGAAGCCUUCUAAAUAUAAGAAACUGUUGUUCUCACUGUGUUUCUUUCAUUCUCUGUUGAUAGAAAGAAAGAAGUUCUUGAUGCUUGGAUGGAAUGUAUUGUAUGGAUUCAAUGAUUCAGACUUUGAGGUGUCUGAAAAUCUUCUUUCCAUUUACCUUGAUGAAUAUGAUGAAACACCAUGGGAUGCUCUAAAAUACUUGAUUGCUGGUGUCAAUUACGGUGGUCAUGUGACUGAUGAUUUUGAUCGACGUUUGUUGCACAGUUACAUCAAUGAUUGCUUCAAUAUGAAUGCUAUUGAAACUACCUUUUUCAAGCUCUCGAGUCUCGACACAUACUACAUUCCUAAGGAUGGACCAAUGAACACAUAUAAAGAAUACAUCAGUAUGUUACCACAAGUUGAUCAUCCUGAAGCAUUUGGACAACAUUCUAAUGCAGAUAUUGCAUCACAAAUCACGGAAGCAAGAAACUUAUUUGAAACUUUGUUGUCAUUGCAACCAAAAGUAGCAACGCAGGCAGGAAUCAGUCAAGAAGAAAAGGUGUUGGAUCUUGCAGCAAAUGUAUUGAAAACACUACCCGAAGAAAUUGAUUACGAAGGAACGGAAAAAAUACUUUCCGAUGAUCCAUCCCCAUUGAAUGUGGUAUUACUACAGGAAAUAGAAAGAUACAACAUAUUACUUCGAGUUAUUCGAACGUCUCUCGUUGAUCUUGAGAAAGGGAUUCAAGGUCUUGUCGUUAUGUCAUCUGAUUUAGAAGAAACGUUCUCUUGUAUAUUUGAAGCAAGAGUACCUCCAAUGUGGGCAAAGGCAUAUCCAUCAUUGAAACCAUUGGCAGCGUGGACUCGUGAUCUUGUAUUGAGAGUCGAACAAUUUGCUAAGUGGGCAGAGACAGCUCAUGCUCCUACAAUAUUCUGGAUGUCUGGUUUCACUUUCCCAACUGGUUUCUUGACUGCUGUUCUACAGACAUCAGCUCGUGCUAAUGCGGUGUCUGUUGAUUCAUUGUCUUGGGAGUUUAUUGUUUCCAUGGUUGAUGAUAAUCACAUCACUGGGCCACCAAAAGAUGGUGUUUGGAUCAAAGGUCUUUUCCUUGAAGGUGCAGGCUGGGAUAAAAAAGCAGCUUGUUUGGUUGAAGCAGCACCCAUGCAACUUACAUGCCCAUUACCCACUAUUCAUUUCAAACCCACCGAAGCCAAAAAGAAAUCUGGCAAAGGAAUGUACAGUUGUCCAUGUUACUACUUUCCAAACCGAUCUGGUACGACUGGACGAGCAUCCUAUGUAGUUUCUGUUGAUUUGAAAGCUGGAUCUGGCAACUCUGAUCACUGGAUUAAACGAGGAACAGCCAUUCUGAUGUCUUUGGAUCAUUAAGCCAUGGAAUUGAUAAAAUUGUACAAAAAUUUUGUGUGUUUUUAGACCUUUUUAGUGAUAAAAUAAUUUCACAUAAUAAAAUAGAGUUUUCACUUUUAUAUUUUUGUGGUUUAACCUUUAAUUCACCACUGUUAUUUUAUUGUCGAUCAAGAAUGGUGUGGAUAUAAAUUCAGAUUUACCUCUCCAUUUGUGCUCAUGCCAUUCUUGAUUGAUCCAUACAUGUAUUUAUUGAUUAUACUGACUCUGUGAUUGAUGGAAAAUGUUCCUUCUUUUUAAGAUAUUUACAAAUAUCAUAUAUUUGAAUAAAAUGUAUAUAUUUUCAUAAAUAA